AUGGCUUCUAGUAGCCAACAGCAACAACGUCUUUUCGAAAUCAUUGAAAAUUCGCCAGAUAUCAACGCAACACUCGCUACAAUAACUUUUAUCCCAGGGUUAGUCCCAGGGAACGAUGAGAACCAAAUCUGGUUGGGCAAAGUCAGAUCACUUUUAUGGAAUGAGGAGGAUUAUCGACAGCACGAAGAGAUAUGCUCUCGGAAACGAAAGCCCCAAAGCCUAACAAUUGAAAGACAAAGCCAAACUCUCGUUCCAAUUUCAACGAAUACGUUUGUCUGGGGUUUAGCAGAGCUCGACGCACAAGACGAGGAUGAUAGUUUCGACCGUAUCGACAACCUUUUUGUCAUAUCUCGACAAGCUGUACAAGAUAAAGUUCUCAGCCCAAUAAUCGAAGAGCUUGACGUUCUCAUAAAAUCAGGAAACAAGGAGAGUACAGAUCACUGCUUUGACACACCAUUAUUUAGUCUUCGUGCACUCGUUGUAGAAGAAAAGGAUGCUGUCUAUAGGCUCAAAGAGUAG